CCUCCCGGUAACCAGUUGACACGGCUUUUUGUUUCGAAAGAAUCGAAAGAGAAGAGAGAGUAGAGGAGAAGACUGAGUCUCGUCUCGUCUCUUCGCUUCAACCUAUAGCUGUUCUCUGCUCUUCGACAGAUUCCUCUUUGCCCAAAAACGAUCGGAGGAUAAUGCAGUUUGACUCAUAGCAACGAAGAGAAGCAGAAAGUUUUGAUCUUUGGACAUGGGUAUGUUCCUAUCCGACAAGGAGAACACAACCUCACCUCUACUCCAAUUCCGCAACUGCUACAAAGUCGCAAGCCUCACAGAGACCAUUCUAAACCCACUAAACGUUUCUAAUUUAAGAGACCGUUACUUCCUCGGGGAACAGCUAGGCUGGGGCCAGUUCGGCGUGAUCAGAGUCUGUUCCGACAAGUUAACAGGAGAGAGGCUCGCCUGCAAGUCAAUCUCUAAAGACAGGCUCGUAACGCAAGACGACAUGAAGAGCAUCAAGCUCGAGAUCGCCAUCAUGACUAAGCUAUCUGGACACCCUCACGUCGUGGAUCUCAAAGCGGUUUACGAGGAGGAGGACUAUGUGCAUCUUGUGAUGGAGCUGUGCGCGGGAGGUGAGCUGUUUCAUAAGCUGGAGAAGUAUGGGAGAUACUCUGAGGUCCGUGCAAGGGUGUUGUUCAAGCAUUUGAUGCAAGUGGUGAAGUUUUGUCAUGAUAAUGGUAUUGUCCAUAGGGAUUUGAAGCCAGAGAACAUUCUCAUGGCUACUGUGUCUUCUUCCUCUCCUAUCAAACUUGCUGAUUUUGGUUUGGCAACCUAUAUCAAGCCCGGUGAGAAGUUAAGUGGGACGGUUGGUAGUCCGUUUUAUAUAGCACCGGAGGUGUUGUCAGGGGGGUAUAACGAAGCAGCUGAUGUAUGGAGUGCAGGGGUUAUUUUGUACAUACUUCUCAGUGGAAUGCCUCCCUUUUGGGGAAAGACUAAGUCAAAGAUUUUUGAUGCUGUCAGGGCUGCAGAUUUGAGGUUUUCCGGUGAACCGUGGGACCGUAUAACUUCACACGCCAAGGAUUUGAUCAGAGGGAUGCUUUGCGUUGAUCCUUCCCAAAGGUUGUCAGCUGAUGAUGUUCUAGCUCACUCUUGGAUGGAGGAGGUAUCUGGAUCAGGUCAAGAACAGUAUGAUGAAGAUGGGGUUGGGUGUGAAGGGUUGGAGAAUGGUGGAUGCUCUUUCUCUACAGGAUAUGUUUCUAGGGAGCAAGACUAUAGCUUUAACAUGGGGCAGUUAGAGCCAUUGGCUGAUAAUGAUUGUAGAUCAUCAUUCUCCUCUUUCUUACCUGCGGAUAACAAUAUACAGACAGCUUCUGGCUUUGGUGGGUUUUCUUUUGAUGGGGAACAACCUGAAUCAACCUCUGUUGGCUUCUCAGUAACUGGACUUACAUCUAUGCCAAGCUUUAGCUUCUUUAGUCCAAGCUCAGCGAUAACAGAGAACAACAACAUUGGUGAAACAGAUGGGAAAGUCAGAGACACAAGCCCAAAGAGGUUACUGCCUUCAACGGAUGCUUCUUCACAACUUGAGAGGGGCGAGGAAGGAGGUGAGAAUCAGACAGAAGCAGGAGGAAAGGCAGAGACGAGAAGGGAAAGAGGAAACUGGGCAAGAAUGUCAGGUCUACACAGCAAAAGAAACAGGACCAUAGGACUUGGUGAGCUAGACCAGUUGGUGGUGGAUGUUGCAGUCACUGAGUCGAUCAUUCGGUGGGCGUCUUGCACGCAUAUUCCCACUGCUCCAUCCCUCAGAUUGUCUCUCGUCUGCUGACAAGGAACCAAUGGAAGAAGACGAAGAAGCAGACUCUUAUGAGUAUAAUUAUUGUAUGUAAAGGACAUCUGAUUUUGGUCAUGUAUUGUUUUUGUAGUAACAUCUUUCUAUGGAAAAGUGAUCUCAACUGUAAAAACAACCGGAGAUGUCUCAGCAAUAGAGUGUGGUUUUGAUUU